UUCUUAAUAAUGGAACUUGUGAUGAUCGAUGCUGUCUGACAGUUGAUGGAGAAUGGAGCGAUUGGACAAAUUGGGGGGACUGCUUUUGUGAGUCAGCAGAGAACUCAACCUCUUCAUUAGGCUAUAGAAGAAGGAACAGAACCUGUUUUAACCCUGUUUGCUAUGGUCUAGACUGCCCUGGAAAUAGUACAGCAAAGUUGGACUGCUCUGAUCGCUGCAUGAUGUGCAAGAAAGGGAUGAUGUACAAUUCUGCAACUGAUGAUUGCACUGUUUGUGGUAGGAGAACGUUCAGUGCUAUGUCCUCUCAUUCUUGUUCAGCUUGUCCAAAUGGCAAAGAUUCUCUCAAAGGAUCAACUAAUGUAGCAGAUUGUUUUCAUGAACAUGGUUGCUACGAGGACAACGUUUUCGGAGCUGGUAGUGUCCUAAAAGUGCUGAACCGAACAUCAGACAUAAAAGCUUGCAUCCUGGGUUGUAGAUCACAAGAUGGUUGCUCAAGAGUUUCUUUCUCUCAGAAUGGUACCUGUUGGCUGCACCGUAAAAGGGUCAUUGGGGCUGACCACUCUGAAUCUAGAAAUGGAGUGGUGUCAACCUCAUUAAAAUGUCUAGAUGGUUGCAAGCCAGGAUACAGAUUCGAUGUUGUAACUGAAAGAUGCUCAGUUUGCCCAUUGAAUACUGCCUGCAACGGACUAACUCUCAAGGGGGACUCAUGUCCAGCAAGAAGCUUCAGUCUACCUUACGUGACAGGGAGAUGUGUUUCCUUAGCAUGGUUGUCUAUCCCUGUGGUGCUCGUUCUCCUGACUGUGCUGGUCAUUGCUUCCAUCAGGACUUGGAAAAAGAAAGCCAGGGUACAACCAUCACAGGAAUGUGUAGAGAAUGUAUAUCAACAGUCUGGAUAUUUUGAAGCAGGGCUUACACUUGAACAAGAGUUGAUCAGCCCUUCUUUUGUGGUAUCUCCAGCCAGAGACGAGAUAAAAGAAACAAACCUGUAAACAACAGCACAACAUGCAAUAGAGCAAACACUCGAGAGUGAUAUGAUUCUGGAUUUGACCCCAAUUAUCCUUUUUCAAACUUAAGAACUUAAAACGAAGAAUCAAACCUUAUGACAGUAAAGAAUAAAAUUUUUCAAACAGUAUACACAUAAUGUCACAAUGACCCUAUGUAAAGAGAAAAAACUCAAAGUUUUGAAAAUCACCCUUGGCCACCUAUGACAGUAAAAAAUUAACGUGCAGUACAACUAUUUAAAAUGAUAAUUGUAGCACUUGAUUUUAAUACGAUCUGUGAUCCAAACAGUUGGAGUGAAAUGGAUGAUUGAACAUUAAUUGUAUGAAGGAAAUCUCCAAUCUGACUCAUUCAGUAAAGAACUCUUUUAUGAUAAUUAAAGGUAUGAUAAGAGUAAUGAUCAAAUUUGAUUAAAUGUAAUUAAUCCAAGUUCAUAAAAAAUGAAUUCUAGUGAAUAGAAUAAUAGAAUGAUCAAAUUUCAUUUACUACCCUAACUUGAUCAUUUUAAAAUUCGAUAACAAUUUUUAAUGAAAAUUCAUUGUGAUUUCAAAAUUAAAAUAUCCAUUGUGGC